AUGGCACCAAACCCCCUUGACCUUCUCACCCCACUCUCUCUCCUACUCCUACUCCUACUCCUCCCCUCAUUCACCCUCACCUCCUCUCUCUCUCCACCCUCCACCACCACCUUCACCCUUGACCCCAACCAACUCAAGGCCCUCCAAUCCAUCAACUUCCCCACCUCCACAGACCCUUGCUCCCCACCCACACAUCUCCACAACUCCACCACCUGUGACUCCUCCAAGCCAUUCCAUCACCUCCUCUCUCUCCGCCUCUCCAACUGCUCCUACAACGUUACAUUGUCCACCACUGCCCUCAAAUCUCUGUCCAGUCUCACAGAUUUGCAGUUCAUCAACUGCCCAAUCUCCCCUGUUCGCUUCCCUUCUGAACUCACUGCCAAUUUACGCUCUUUCACUUGCAUCAAUUGCCUUAAAACACUCACCGGCGACGGGCUAAAUCAGUUACAAAAUCUAACCACCUUAACCAUCUCUGGUGUGAAUAUUGCUGACGCUACUCUUUCUAUGAUUCUUGGUACAAUGAAAAACCUGAACUUUGUGUCAAUCUCUCAAACAGGUCUCACUGGGUAUCUUCCAGACCACUGGCAAACCAAACUUACCCAAAUUGAUUUGUCUUCCAAUAACCUCAAAGGGAAAAUACCCAGUUCCUUAAGUCGCAUAGAGAACCUUGAAUACUUGGAUCUCUCAUCAAAUUCUCUUUAUGGCGAAAUACCCGGUUCGUUUGGGGACUUUAUCUCUCUCCAAAAUGUGUCAUUAGCUUCAAACUCACUGUUUGGACAGAUCCCUGACUCAUUGGCAAUGAUCUCAGGCUUGGUACAUCUUGAUCUGGGGUCUAAUCAGCUCAAUGGGACAAUUCCAGGGUUCCUUUCGGAGAUGAAACAAUUGAAGUACUUGAAUCUUGAGAAGAAUAAUUUUGAAGGGGUGUUGCCAUUCAAUGGUUCAUUUAUAAAGAGAUUGGAAGUGUUCAAAGUGGGUGGGAAUAGCCAACUUUGUUUCAAUGAUUCAACUAUUUCUUCUAAAGAGCAUGGAAUUGACCGUUGUCGCAAACGUAGAAUGCAUGCAGCAAGUAAGAUUGUUCUUGGUGUGGCAAUUGGGCUUUCAUCAAUUGUCUUUGUCAUAAUUUUCUUAGUCGUGCUUUCUAAAUAUUGUUGAUUGGGCAUAGGACUGUUGGUUCAUUUAGCUUAGGCAGAAGUGGUAAUUUCUCAUGAGUGAUUGGCUUUCACUGGUACUUUGUUAUGUUGCAUCUCGCAUUGGCAACAACACUUGAUGUAUGCAGUCAGUAGGAAGGCAUUGAUGUAUGAAGUCAACCAUGAAUGUAAAAGUUCACCCGAGAUACUUCUAUUUCUAUAGCAACCAAAUGGGGAAGGCACUGUCAUUUCUAGCUUUGCAACUACCGAAUGUGGGGAAUGAGUUCGGUCCCAUGGGAGAGACUCCUAUUCAUCAGGUUUCUAACCAAUGAUCACUCAACUCUACUCAACACUCUCGAUCAUUACUUCUCGAUCACUUGGAACAAAGAUUUUUUUGUCCUUUAAUACUUAAUUUAAUAUAAGUCUA